AUGUGUGUCGACUACAAAGAUCUAAACAAGGCAUGUCCCCGCGACUGCUACGUCAUACCAGACAUAGACGAGAAAAUCGAUUCUUUGGCAACAUUUCGGUGGAAGUGCUUUCUGGAUUGCUACAAAGGGUACCACCAAGUUCAAAUGGCCGUUCAAGAUGAAGAUAAAACCGCAUUCCGCACGCCAACAUGGCUAUAUUGCUACACCAAAAUGCCUUUCGGCUUGAAGAAUGCAGGUGCAACAUACCAAAGGUUAAUGAACGAAACAUUCAGUGACGCCAUUGGCAAGUACAUAGAAGUUUACAUGGAUAACCUGGUGAUUAUGAGCAAAGAGGAAGGCACGAUGCUGGUCAACAUCCAAAAGACCUUCAACACGCUACGCAGCGUAAGUAUCAAGCUGAACCCAGCAAAGUGCUCGUUCGGAAUGGAAGAAGGAAAGUUCUUAGGCUUCAUCGUCACAAAAGACGGUUUUAAAGUAAAUCCAGAAAAGGUCCAAGCCAUAGAAAGGAUGCCUUCACCGUCAAACAUCAAAGACAUGCAAAAAUUAGCAGGACGAUUAGCCGCACUCAAUCCUUCCGAUAGGGCAGCCGGGGCUGUACUGCUCGUCGAUCGUCAAGGUGUCCAAACACCAGUUUAUUAUGUGUCACGAACCUUGACCGAUCCAGAAACCCGAUAUGCAAUCAUGGAGAAGCUAGUCCUUGCACUGAUUCACGCUUCAAGACGGCUGCGCAGAUAUUUUGCCAAUCACACCAUCCACGUGCUAACAAACUACAACAUUGGAAAUAUCCUUGCAAGGCCAGAGAUAUCAGGAAGACUAGCCAAAUGGGCAAUAGAGCUGGGAGGUCACAACGUGGUUUUCAGACCACGACCAUCGAUCAAAGGCCAUGUCUUGGCAGAUUUUAUGACAGAAGUUCCAGAUGACAAAGAAAGGGAAUGUAAAGCGAUGGAGAAAGCUGAGAAAAAACAAACAGAAGAACCAUGGCUGUUGUACACAGAUGGUGCAUCUAACGAAGAUGGAGCAGGCGCAGGGCUGAGGUUGGUAAGCCCUGACAAACACGAAUUCACAUACGCCAUACGCCUGGAUUUCAAGAGCACAAACAACGAAGCAGAGUACGAAGCUUUCCUGGCUGGCUUACGAUUGGCGAUCAAAAUGGGGGUCCGACACAUCGAAGCGUAUGUGGACUCCAUGUUAGUAGCAGGCCAAAUCAACGGCCAAUACGAAGCCAAGGGCGAUAUAAUGGCACUCUAUCUCAACCAAGCGAAAACGUUGCUGCAAACCUUCUAUUCCUACAAGGUGCACCACAUAAACCGAAGCGAAAACAAGCCAGCAGAUGCACUAAGCAAGCUCGCAUCAACAAGCUUCCAGCACCUAGCAAAGGAUGUGCGCAUAGAGGUUUUGAGCAACCCAUCCGUGCCACUCAGAGAAGUAAGUGUCAUCCAGACAGGAACAACGUCCUGGAUGACGCCGAUAAUCAUGUACUUACAGUCAGGGAUACUUCCCGAAAACAAAGCCGAGGCGCGAAAGAUCCAGUACAAAUCAGAACAUUAUCAGAUGGCAGACGGGCUACUGUACCGAAAGUCAUAUCUUGGCCCACUACUGAGAUGUGUAGACGCCGACGACGCAAGUUACCUAAUCCGGGAAGUGCAUGAAGGAAUUUGUGGUAUUCAUGACGGGCCUCGAAUGGUGGUGGCAAAAGUGAUGAAUGCUGGAUACUACUGGCCCAGGAUGCAUCUUGAUGCCGUGAAGGAAUUGAGAAAGUGCAGCGGCUGUCAGAGACAUGCACCAAAGACCAUGCGCCCCAAAAAUGAACUAGUACCAGUAACAACUGCAUGGCCUUUUCAGCAAUGGGGCAUAGACAUGAGGCGAAAGCACUCGCAUCAACCACCUCGGCGGUCAUCAAGAGAUUCAUAUGGGAACAAAUCAUAUGCCGCUUUGGCCUGCCUCUCCGAAUCAUCACCGAUAACGGAACUAACUUCACAGCAGACGACCUCGAGCGAUGGUUCAAAGAAUUACACAUCGAACAUACCUUCUCUUCGGUUGCACACCCACAAGGGAAUGGUCAAGUAG